AUGGCGCUCGCAGAGAAUCCAGGAAAUCGGAGGAACAUCUUGCCAACCCAGGCGAAAGUCGAUCGGGUAACCGAACUGAAAGAAAAGCUGGAAAACAGCUCCAUCGUGAUUGCUGCCGGCUUCUCUGGCAUGGGUUCCAACCAGAUGGUCGACCUGCGCCGUCGGAUGCGCGACGGUGGAGUCGAAUUCGUUGUAAUAAAAAACAACCUGCUGAAUCUGGCCGCCGACGCCGCUGAUAUCCCGCAACUGAAAGACAUUAUCACGGGUCAAACCGGUAUCGCCUUUGGCUACGAAGACCCGGUAAUGGCUGCCAAAACCGUAAACGCCGCUGCUGUUGCCGGCGGAAUAUUAAGGAUCAACGGCGCCGUUGUCGAUCGCGGGAUCCCGAUGGCAGCCAGUGAAGUAUCGCGUUUGGCCGCCUUGCCGCCGCGUCCCGUUCUGGUUGCUCAGUUAUUGGGCAACAUGCAAUCGCCUCUGUAUGGCCUGCUGAGCGUGCUCAGCGGUCCAUUGCGCAGCCUGGCAUACCUGCUGCAGGCUCGAUCCGACCAGUUACAGCAAACCGAGAGCGUUGCCUAG